GUAGACCCUCGCUAAACCCUUCGUCGGAAUUUACAAUAGAGAGAGAGAGAGAGAGAGAGAGAGAGAGAGAGAAUGUGGCAGAGGAUCCGGACGAUACCGACGAUCCUGAAGAAGAGCGGAGCACUCCAUGGCACGGUUAGGGAGGCGACGUCUUCAUCGGCGGUGGGUUCAAGAGCUCUGCUCCGGGGGACGCCGUACAGGUUGUUCCCUUCGACAGUAGCAAGGAGCUCGGGCUUCGGGUUCAGCUCUCUCCCUAAGGGUAGCAGUUUGCCUUGUUGGAGGAAUAUGUCUACUGCCUUUCCUGUUGCCGCGGGAAGCAAGGGGGGCUUGAAGCUACUAGUGACUGGAGGGCCAAAGGCACAGAAAUUGGUUGGCAUCUGGCUCUUUGGUUCUGCUGCUUGGGUCUUUAGUAUGGUCGUACUAGGGGGUGUCACACGACUAACCCGCUCCGGUCUCUCAAUGACUGAUUGGAAAUUUACUGGUAAUCUUCCUCCUCUCACGGACGAGGAUUGGUUGAAAGAAUUCGAGAAAUACAAGCAGUCUCCUGAAUAUAAACAGGUGAACAGAGGGAUGAGCAUUGAAGACUUCAAGUUUAUAUACUGGAUGGAAUAUGCCCAUCGUAUGUGGGGAAGGGCUCUAGGCAUCAUGUUUGCUUUACCCUUCUCAUAUUUUCUCCGAAAGGGAUACAUAACUGUACGCCUCGGUCUAAAGCUCUCAGCUCUUUUCGCUCUCGGGGCUGGGCAGGGUCUGAUUGGUUGGUGGAUGGUCAAGAGUGGCUUAGAAGAGCCACCAUCUGAAUACGUCCAACCACGGGUAAGCCCAUAUAGACUCGCCGCUCAUCUUACUUCUGCAUUUGCUAUUUAUUGUGGCCUCUUUUGGACUGCUUGUUCUGUGGUUAUGCCUGAACCACCUGCCGAAUCAGUAGCAUGGGUCCGUGGGGCAGCUAAAGUAAAAAGAAUCGCCCUCCCUGUGAGCUUGCUUGUUGGUUUAACAGCUAUCUCAGGAGCGUUUGUUGCUGGAAAUGAUGCAGGUCAUGCGUAUAACACUUUUCCGAAGAUGGGAGACACGUGGAUCCCCGAUGACAUUUUCGAAAUGAAGCCACUGCUCCGGAACUUCUUUGAGAACACUUCAUUAGUCCAGUUUGACCACCGUGUUCUCGCAACCGCAACUUUGGUCUCAAUUGGCGUUCUAUGGUGGUCAACCAGGAAGUUGGACAUACACCCUGCGGUUAGAUCUUUAAUCGGGACCGCCCUUGGCAUGGCUGCUCUGCAGGUCACUUUAGGGAUAUCGACACUCUUAUCAUAUGUGCCGGUCUCUCUCGGCACUGCCCAUCAAGCUGGGGCUCUGACGCUUCUGACCUUAAUGGUCUUGCUCAAUCACACCGUUCGCAAGCCUUCUGCGUCUCUCCUCAAAUCUCUGCCCCAAGUCGUAAAGGCGAUCCAAUGAGUCAAAACUCAACCGCUUAUGACAGUUUUGUGGCGGCUUCUUUUUUUUUUUUUUUGUGUGGGCAGUCUAAUUAGGUGUGCCAUGUUAAUUAUUCAUUGAACAUCCCACAUGUAUCCCCUCUCCGGGAAAUUGAUUGGAUUUCAAUUUUUUUUUUUCCCCUGUCAGGGGAUUCCAUUUUUCCGCCGCUUAUUAUACUGUUGGAAAAGGGACGAUGGAAUAUGAAUGAUUAUGAUA